AUGCUGUCUUUGGCAUCAAUUGCGCUCGCACUAGGGGCUGCCUUGCCAUUGGUUGCCGCUAGGAGCCCUGAAAUCGUCCAAAAAGAUGUUGUGGUCAUUGGCGGAGGUGCUUCUGGUGCCUACGCUGCCGUCCGUUUGCGCGAUGACUUCAAGAAGAGCAUUGCGCUGAUCGAGAAAGAAGCCAUUCUGGGUGGUAUGGUCGAUACCUAUGUCGACGAGAAGACUGGCGCCAUCUACGACUACGGUGUUAACAGUUUCCUCAACAUAAGCAAAUCCAUGGAUUUCUUUUCCCGGUUCAACAUCUCAAUCACCACCAACUCAAGUACCUCCACCGCAACCACCGAAUACUUUGACUUCAACACUGGCAAAAAAGUUGACUUCAAUGCGCCUUCGGUAACGAUCCAGAUUGCCGCAAUUGCAAAGUUUCUCAAGGUGAUCGAGCCGUGGGAGUCGAUGCUGCGCCCUGGCUACUGGAACUUCCCCGAGCCCAAAAAUAUCCCCGCGGACCUCCUGAUUCCCUUUGGCGAGUUCCUGAUCAAGCAUGGCGUUGAGAAGGCUGCGCCUCUCAUGUAUACAAGCACCGGUCUCGGCGUGGGUAACAUGAGCGAAGCUACAACCAUGUUCGCGCUACAAGCCUUCGGUUGGGAUAUGGCACGCGCCAUGGUUGGCGAAAUGGCAUUGUAUAAGCCAGCAUCUGGCGGCAACCAAGCUCUGUAUAAUGCCAUCGAAAAGGACCUCGGCGAUGAUGUGUUUUAUUCCAGCACCGUGGUCGAGAGCACCCGCUCUGACAACGGCGUUUUCCUCACUGUUCGCAACCACAAGACGGGCAAACUGACCCGUAUCGCCGCGCGUCGCCUCCUCGUUGCCAUCGAGCCCAGCGAAAGCAACAUGAGGCCUUUGGACCUUAGCCCCACUGAGUGGAACACCCUAUCAAAAUUCGACUACUCCAACGAAUUCUGCGGCUUGGUCGACAAUGCCGCUUUCAACACAAGCUACCUAUACUCCAACCUACCCUCCACCGCUGCGCCCAAUCACUACCUCGUUUUCCAGGACGAACCUAUGGUCCAAAGCUACGAGUACAGUGGCCUUGACCACCUGUUCCGUGUGAUGAUUAUCGGCAACAAGAGUACGACUGCUGCUGAUGCUAAGGUGUUGGCUCAAGAUAGCUUUAACACACUGCUGAAAUCUGGACGUCUGUCUGGCUCGACUAAAAGUCAGGAGCUGAGCUGGGCUGCCUUUGCUACCCACGGGCCUAUGCACGCCCGUGUCUCUGUCGAAGAAGUCAAGGCUGGCUUCUACCAGGAUUUGUACAAAUUGCAAGGUGCUCGGUCGACUUGGUGGACUGGUGGUGCUUUCUCGGUGAACUUCCAGACUACGCUCUGGGAGUUUGAUGAGGGUCUUUUCCCCAAGAUCCUUGAGGGGCUCUAA